UCUACAGACUAAGGUGCAAUCAUUCAUCCCAUAGAAUUCAUCCUAGGCAACUAAGAAAUUCCAUACCAAAAGCAGAAAAUUCAAAAUAAACCGGAAAAGCUAUAAUAUAUAAGAGAUUAAGACACAGAUAGAGAGUUGAACAUUUUACCAAUUAGAUUACUAAAAAAAUACUCUCCCUCAGAUGAUCGGCAAGGGAAGAGAGACCUCUUUCUUGUAUUUCCACUUUCCUCCACUUCCAUAUCUCUUUUUCUUCUUCUCUCCGUAUAACUAUAGAGGGAGAUCGAGAGAGAGAGAGAGAGAGGGAGAGAAGGAGCUAGGUAGCCAUGAAGAACACCAUUAGAUGCUUCAUAUCUUGCAUUCUUCCAUGUGGAGCACUAGAUGUGAUUCGGAUAGUACAUGCAAAUGGCGAAGUGGAAGAGAUAACCGGGACAAUCCGAGCAGCAGAGAUCAUGAAGGCGCAUCCGAAGCACGUGUUGAAGAAGCCUUCAUCUUCAUCCAACGAUGGGGUUUGUCCCAAGAUCAUGAUCUUGCCACCUGAUGAACAACUCCAACGUGGGAAGAUCUACUUUCUCAUGCCCGUUCCUUCAAAACCCGUAAAGACUCGUUCCCGAUCAUCAACCUGCAGCAAGAAAAAGAGAGAUGCUCAGACCAACUCAAACAACAACAACAACAACAAUAGCAGCAGCAGUGUUUCUAUGACCAAUUUUCUCGUUUCCGAUCGAUACUUGAGUGAAAUCCUGUCAGAGAAGUUAUCAACACAUAAAGAUCUAAGGCGAGGACGGGUAGGUGUGUGGAGGCCUCAUUUAGAGAGCAUUUUUGAGACACCAAGCGAAGCUUAAUGAGAGCGUUCAUGAUUUUUCAAAGUAUUCAAGAUUUUAUUUUAUUUUAUUUUAUUUUUUGUAUAGAAUAUAGUUUCUUAGAAAAUAAUACCAAAGUUGUAUCAUGGAUGGUUUUAAUAUUGUGUUGAUGUGCCCCAACAUGGAUCACUUUUUCCUCCUGUUCUUUUGAUGUUCAAUGGAAGUGUGCUUUAUUUUAUAUACAUAUAUAUUCAUGGA